AUGCCCCCUGGCCAAUCCAUUGAUGCCACGUGGCUCGCCUACCUGGCAGACUUUUGCUGCCUUGGUUCCCUCCGGCUUGACAACUGUCGCUACGUCACAGACUCUGCUCUCAGCAUGCUCUCAGGUAUCCUGGAGAUGCUCUCUCAGGUGCUCCUUCAGGUGCUCACUCAGCUGCAUGUUGUCGGGUGCGUCUUCAUGUUUGACGUGCACGCGUUGGAGCACUUAAGUCUCACCAACUGCCCUCUCCUCACCGCCUCUUUUCUCGCCACCAUCCUGCUGCCCUGCCUGCCCGCCCUGCUCGCCACCAUCAUGCUCUGGCCCCCUAUUCCCUCCCUGCUUGUCCCUUGUUCCCUCCCUCGUCCAAUCUCCUCCCUUGCUCCCUUCCUCUCUACCGCACAUCCUCCCUUUGCCUAUGUCCUGCCUUUCCUCCCUUCCUUUCCCUCAUUUUCCACCCAGCGGCCCCUCAUUUCCCCGCUGUUCGUUAUGGUCCCCCCUUGA